AUGAACCAGCACGAACUCAGUCCAGUGGCCGAGAUGGACACCAAGUUGCGUAACCCCCAGCGACGCCGGGUGCCGGUAGCAUGCGGCCGAUGCCGACGGCGGAAGAUCAAGUGCAGCGGAGACUCUGGCGAUGGUCAGGGCUGCUCGAACUGCCGAAGUGCUGGUAAUACGGACUGCCAAUUUUUGCGAGUCAACUCCUUGAAAUUGACCCCCAAGGCCAAUAGCUGGCCAUACCCUAACCCGGGAGCGGCGAUGGUGUCCUCCCCCCGACUGGGCAAGCCCACACUGCUCUCCAUGGCUUCACCACAGACCCGCAUGGCUGCUUUCCAGCGGGCAUCCGACUAUGACCUCGGCUCAGAUGGAUCUGUGUUUCCGGAGCGAUUUCCGGUAGGCGUGGAGUCCAUGCACUACGAAGACGGCCAGUCUGCGGGCUACAGCCAGUCACCAGCUUACAUGCACCCCAACGCCCCGUCUGGAACUGGGGCUCUAUUUGACUAUGGAGCAUCCCCAUGGAGCCCGAAGACCUGGGACUCCGUGCUGGGCAUGAACAGACCCGCUAACAGCGGACUUUACCCGGAUCCCGAAGCAAAUAGCUCCAUGAAUCAGUCUCCCUUCUCCUACAUGCUUCCAAGCCAGGGUCUCCCUUCCACAGAACUCCCACCAUCCACGAUAGCGGCAAUGGCCGCUGUCUUGUCUGCGGACCUGCCAGGUCCAGAGCGGACGCUUCCAACCCCGACGUGCCAUAGCCAGCAGUUCCCCAGUACCGCAGGAGGACUGGUCUUCUCACCAACAGAAGCCGCCUCCAGACUCUCUCUCCCAGUGGACUCCAAACCUGCCUUCUGGAGCCCGCGCUGCGGGCCUUUGUCCAACACUCGCACUCAAACCCACCCUAUCUCAAACACCCUCCUCUUCUGCAACAGCCCCCCAACAACUACAACGUGCACAACAACAGCCAGCAACUCAGAGCUCCUCUUCGCAUGUCCCCCCAUGCCCAUAACAACAGAAGAAAACAGCCCACAUACCCUCUCCUCCACAUCCGUAUCCACGCCCCCCAGAACAACCCCUCAUCAUGCCCAAGCCCAAGCCUACACCCUCGACACCCUCGACCCAAAUCCCAACGACCGCCCAAACCAAGAACCAAGUCAAAUCUCCACCCUCCACCCGCCAGACCGAUCUUUAAACCGCCUCUAUCCAGACCGCGGCACGGCGGGUCAGCGUCUCCUCGAACUAACCACCGACUGCACGCCAGACAUCUAUGGCUACACCAGCAGCGAGAAAAGCAAGGCGCGCGACAGCCGUGCAGCGAGCACAAGCGGCACGCUGAUGAGCGGCGGGCUGGAAUACACGCCGGUACGGCAUGCGCACACGCCCCAUGCAGCGUUCUCGUUUGGGAUACUCCCGGAUGGGCUGCCGGGGUAUCACCGCUCCGUUGUGGAGGGUGUGGUGCAUCGGGCGCCUAUUUCACCAUUAGGGAGUCAGGGCGGGUACUAG